GCUACUAAGACCAAGGCCGCGAGGGCCAAAUCAAAUACUAGUGGUAAAAGUGGUGGCUGGUUCUCCUGGCUUCUCAGUGGAUCGAGUUCUUCCACAACGACACCUUCUACUGACUCUUUAGGCCAUGCAGAUGUCGGUAAUCGAGUUAUACAACGUUUCCAAGAGGAGAUGACGCCGGAGGAGAAGCGGAAGCUCUACUCCGCUCUCAACUACACUGAAGGUAUGGGCAAAAGCUCCUACCCACCCGACUACGUUUCAACUAUUGUCAACUUCUCCCUCGGUGGACUCUCACUCAUGCUCGCCAACAAUGAACUAAAAACUCCAUCCAUCCUUAAAGUUCAAUUGAUCUCCGUGGCGUUAGAUUUCAAACAACGUUCUGGAGAUAAAGCUAUGGAUCUCUCUCUGAAACUAGCAGGAUUCGAUGUGUUUGGGACGCGAAAUGUCUUCACCGAUGUCGUUCCAACACUCAUAUCCAGUACAGCCAUAGGUCAAUCCCUACUCUCAGUGAAUUUUGCCACGAAUCCACUAGACAGGACGGCUGAUCAACGCCUCCACGUCUUAGCGGCUCCUAUUCAAGUUGUCUAUGACGCCGACACCAUUAACAAAAUUGUGGACUUCUUUAAACUCCCCGAAGGACUUCAUCUAAAUGAGUUUUUCUCGCCUGCUGGUACUUGUGAAGGAAUUCCCCCUCGUUACGCCUUGGGCUGUAAACUCUCGAAGGCGAAUAUUGGAUCUAGUAGUAGUAAUCGAAUUAGAAUAUCUUCCUCGAUGAUACCGUCGUUGGAUGAGAUGAAGGCAAUGACUACAACUGGUUUGCGGUAUCUGGUCAGUCAACGCAGCUACCUCGAUGUGCACAUUAACAUUCAAUCCAGCUACUUCCUCCUCCCUGAGUUUGGAGUCUACACCAAGUAG